UCAGGCAGUGGGCAGUGGGCAGGGAGGGGCAGGAUCGUGAUCCUGACCAUCCAGCCUCCCACCUACGAGAUCUUCACUAUGAUCUCGCGGGUGGCCCUCAUCUCCACCGGGCGCCUCAUGUACUUUGGCAAGAGGCGUGAGAUGCUGCCCUACUUCGCCUUCAUUGAAUACCCGUGCCCGGCUUACAAGAACCCCUCGGAUUAUUACCUGGACCUGGUGACUUUGGAUGACCUGAGCGCAGAGGCCAUGUUGGAGUCCUCCCAGAGGGUGGAGAUGCUUGCGGAGACCUUCAGGAGGAGGCAGGAGGCCCUCAGUGACCCAGGGUCCCCAGGGCCUCUCCCAGAGGAGGUCAGGAAGGAGAACCUCUGCAUGCAGCUCAUGGGGCUGUGGAUCCGAGCCAUGAUCUUCCAGUUCCCCUACAACAUGGUCCACUGGCUCCUGAUGGCCCUAGUGGCCGGCGUCACGUCCCUGGCCAUCGGCUGCGUCUUCUGGGAUGUCCGGACCAUAUCCUCCUCCUCAGGCUCCCCCACCCCCACGGAACCGACCCCCUCCCAACAGCAGCAGGAAGGGGUCAACAAUAGGGCAGGCUUCCACUAUGCCAUGGCUGGCCUAGGGCCAUGGCCGGUCCUCCUCAUGGCCAUUUCGGAGGUCUGGAGGGACCGGCCUGCUGUGGCCCGGGAUGUGGAGGACGGGCUGUAUUCCCGUGGCGUUUAUAUCGUGACGAAGACAUGCUACAGCUUCCUAGCUGCCGGGGGCGCCUUCCUUGCCUACGUCCUACCGGCCUACACCAUGGCAGGACUUCCGGCGGCUCCCACGUUCUUUGCUAGUAAUGGUGACAGUGAAUCCUAUGGAACAGGUGUAACACAGAGUACUGAAAACUCUAGAAAUAUAAUAUAG